AUGUCGACGUCACCAGCAUAUCUCGCAGACCAUGAGCCAUUCACAAUCACGAGUGGAAGAAUGAAGGCUUCAAGGUCACUUCCUCCGCAGUCGCAGACUGCGCCAAGAACCUUACAACCCAAAAAACCUGCCCAGGCCGCCCUCAACUUUGUUGUUUGUCGAACAAACCGCAGGACUUUCGAAGGGCGCACUGCUGUAACGUCUCCCAACCUGGUUUACGUGAUGUCACUGUUUUUUGUACACUCCUCUGCCCUGAGACUUUCGCACAAGCGCAGUAGCCCACUUACCUGUCGCCGAACAUCGCCUUACGCGAAUAUCAAUCAAACAAGCGACUCAGCACGGGAGGACGAGAUUGCCGCCAAGAUUGCCAACCUACGUAAGCAAAAACGUCUCAAGUCGCAAGGCAGCAGUUCUACCGGGAAUCAAGAUGAGGCGAACACUCAACGACGUAAUGUGGGAACGCCGAUGUCCUUCCAGGAUUUACCCGACUGGAAGAAGGAGGAUAUCAUGCAAAAUCAAAUAUCCGAGGCCGAGGCUUUUUUAAACCCUUCUGCGCACAAGCCACAUGUCAAACCGGGUACAGACAAAGUCAAGUACAAACCCAAAGUUUCAACUUGGGGCGUCUUUCCCCGUCCAGACAACAUCUCCAAAGCGUUUGGCGGAGGCAAAAAAGUGCAGCCUGGUGGGGUUGACUUAUCAUCAGAGGGUUCUAAGAAGCGGGACGAGGCGGUGAAGGAGAAAUUGGCUAUGUAUCGAAAAACAAGGGGCAUCGACCUCGAGCGAGAGGAAGAACAUCGAGAGGAAAUCGAGACAGCAUUAGCCAAAGGGGAAGGUUUUAUAAGGAUGUCGAGACCACAACAGGCGAUCAAGGCGUUGGAACCGGUGGUUGAAUACAUCUGCGACCGGCAAAGGAGCUGUAUCAAAGGUUACGGCGCAACCCGUUUCCGGAAAUCUCGGGAAAGGCCAAACAGCUAUUGCAAGGAUUUGAUGCGAUGAACAAGCUUAAAAUAGAGGACGAGACGAGCCGGCAAGGGCUGCGGGUGACGAAAUUCCGCGUGCCGGACGUGAGCGUGGGCGAGGAGCGGCGGUACGAGACGGCAGUGGGUGCGGGACCAACAAAAUCUGACCCGAUCGACAUAGGCACAAGCCUGUUACUCUUGGCGCUUAUCGCGGGACCGAUCGCAUUUGUGCUACUAGUGCUCGGCCCCGCGAGCCGGUAAGAUGUGGAAGGCCUUGGGUAACAGGUUGCGGUUUGCGGCGGCCAAUUAAGACGAGAAAGCGGGCAAAUAGGGCGUCAACCGUUUGCUCAAAGGACUUGAUGGACUCCUUGAGUGUGAUGGAACGGUCGUCGCGGCCAAAGCGGCGGCCAAAGCCCUGGCCGUAGCCGACGCCGAUGCCGACGGCGAUGGCGGGGCCGCAGAGGGCGCGCGGGGGACCGUAGGCGUUACGGACUGGCCAACCGAAGCCGCAGCCGAUGCCAAUGCCGGCGCCUAGGCCAAUACCGAGAGGGGGCAAGACGUUUGUUGCGCGGCGAAACUUGCGGGCGCCGCGGACUAAGGCACCGGGAAGGCCCGGGAGAUCCGGUGCGGGUUUUUCAGGUUUUUCAGGUUGGUCUUUCGUUCUGGAGAAGAAAGGCAUAGUGAAUCGCCCGAUUUCUUCCUAAGGAAGACGCAGCUCGUUGGUAUUGACAACUUGCCGGUACCAGCCGUGGGUUUAGAAGGAUGUUCGGGGUUGCGGAGGUGCAGAGAUCGAGUCAUGUGAGAUCGAGUUUCAAACUCAGCAGUCGAAAAAUUAAAUUUAUUUCAUUACCUA